AUGGACAACUCACAGGCACAACCGCAAGCUCAGGCCCAGGCGCCUGCAGCCCAACCGAUGAUGCCGCAGCACUCGAACCUGAUCCGGACUGACCAAGUCCAGAAGCUUCCGCAUCUCAACGACCAGCAGAAAGCCCAGCACACCCAGCUAGUGCGGACCCUCUGGGAACUCCUCAACACUCGAGACCCUCAAAGCACCGAUUACCAACAGGCGCACGCCAGACUCACUCAGAUCUCCCAGAAUCUCAUGAAAGGCAUGCGUGCGUUUCAACAAAGCCGUCAGAUGCAGCAUCAACAAAUGCAAGCUGCUUCGGCAGCGCAACCAGGCCAACCGGUGCAGCGGUCGCAGUCGGUCAAUCCUCAGACUUUUGCACAGCUGCUUCCGCAGAUUCAGCAGAAGGUCAACACCCUCCAGUUCUACCUCCCGCCCAAUAUCAGCAACGAACAGGCCCAGACCUGGCUCCCGGAGGCCAAGCUGCGAUAUGGGAUCGCUCUGCAGAAGCAGGAAAUCGGACGGGCGCGCAUCGCAGACCUCCGGCAGCAGUUUGCGGCGCGCCAGGCUGCGGGGAGUUUGGGACAGGAAGAUGUGCAGGAUCUGAAAAACCGACAGCUUGCGGCGGAGAAGCUUUACCGGGAGGGCAGCGACUUUCUGAACAAGUUCAAGGAACAGCAGGACAGCUUCAAGGCCCAGCAACAGAGAGCGGGAGUGCAGCAGCAUGUUCCUGCCCAGGCACACCCUCAACAAGCUGCGGCUCAAGCGGCCACCGGCCAAGCCUCAACUGCCGCCGACGGUCGGCCACCAAGCGUCCCGGCCUCGAUGCACCCAGGCCAGACCCCUACCCCGGCGCCUCACACCAUCACAUCGGCCGUCUCCGCGGCUCGCAAUCAAGCCGGGCAGACUGCCAUGUCCCCCUCCACCUCUCAGCCAGGCCAGACCCCGACUUCCCAGGGCCCCGCUCCUGCCGUUCCACCCGCCGUCACUCCGCAGCCACCGCCGCCGCCGCCGCAUCAGCAGCAGCAACAGCAGCAGCAACAGGCACCGCAGCAACAGCCCCCCCAGGCCCAGGUCCAGUCACAGCAGGGUCCACCCGGUUCGCAAGUCACCUUCACUCAGGUCCCCAACGUGGACGGCUCGACGCCCACCCCGACCCCCGCCCAGACCUUGGUCCAAGGUCCCCCCCGCCCGUUGUCUCAGCAGGCGGCCAUGGCUCAGGCUGCGCAGAGCUACUCCAACAACAACGUCAACAACAACAACUUGGGACAGCAGCAGAACAUGACCCCCGGUGCCAACUCCCACGCUCACCCUCCGGGCUAUAUUCCCAACCGUUCCGCCGAUAACUCGGCUCGUAGCAUCAACAUGGCUAUCCCCAAGAACUUGAGUGUGCCGCCUCCAGAACCCGUCAACAUGGCGCCUGCUCGGCCGACCUUGUCUGGUGGGCCCAGUCACGCUGCAGUCGGUGUUAUGAACCAGCCAGCAAUCCAGAAACACCCCGGUUAUGUGCUCGAAGGCGAAGGCCAGCGCGUCCUGAGCAAAAAGAUGCUGGAUAUCCUCGUCCGUCAGGUUACCGGCGGUGGAGAGGGCGAAGGGCUUACUCCCGACGCCGAAGAGUUCAUUCUCCAAAUGGCCGAUGACUUUGUCGACGAUGUGAUCACCGAUGCCUGCCGUCUUGCCAAACUCCGUCCCUCGUCGACCCUUGAAAUCCGCGACAUCCAGCUCGUACUGGAGCGUAAAUACAACAUGCGCAUCUCUGGAUUUUCCACCGACGACCUGCGCACCGUUAAGAAACCUCAACCCACUCAAGGCUGGACCCAAAAGAUGUCCGCCAUCCAGGCUGCCAAGGUAACUCAGGGCAAAGCUGAGUAA